AUGGUGGAGCAAACGACGUCUGUCACUGGCUCGUUGCCUAAAAUUUCCUUCGGUGUGAAGAAGCGAGAGGACACAAAGUUCCAAGCUCCAGCGCCUGUUGCAGUUAUUAAUGUUGACGUUGACAGUGAUGAAGAACGCGAGAAGGAGGAAAUGGAGAGAGCAGCCAAACGGAGGAAGAUGACUCAUUUCGAAGACGGAGAUAUCAGAGGUGAUGUGGAUAAUGUCAAGGAAGCAGCUGUAAUCCCAAUGGUAAUUGAACACGAUUGGCGUACCCAAAAAUUGCUAGAAAAAGAGAAAGCUGGAACAUUGACAGAAGAAGAAAAGGCAAAGCUAGCACUUGUGUUACCAAAUGGUGUUAAUGGAGAGGAUGGCACGGAAGGAUCUGGGGAGAAGAUUGUAGUUGAAGAAGGUCAAGGAGCCAACGAAGACGCUGAUUAUUCGGCAAUUUCUAUUGAAAGUUUCGGUUUGGCUAUUCUGAGAGGAUGCAACUGGAAGGAUGGCGAUGGAAUCGGUAAAAAUCCACAGAAAGUUGCAUUGAAACUCCCAAAUCGACGACCACCAGGACUUGGACUUGGAGCAACACCCAAACACCCCGCGGGUGGUGAUAAGAAGAAAUCUGCGGCGGAUAAAGGAGAGAAGGAGGAGAAGAUUGAAGAAAUCAAAGUAGGAAGUUUUAUUAAAGUAGUCGAUGGACGGAAUAAAGGAAUUUAUGGAAAAGUGGAAGGACGAGAUGAUGAUUCGAAUUCGUUUUUCAUUCGAACUGCAAUCGGAGGAAAAUCCAUAAAAGUUAGCCAAAUUGUAGUAAUGGCAGUUAGUGCGAAGGAAUACGAACGAGAUUCAAAAUGUCUGAAUAAGAAUGAAUACGAUAAAGAGAAGGAUAGAAUCGAAAAGGAGAGGAAGAAGUACGAACAACCAUCCACAUCAUCAUCCAAAGAUUAUAAAUCGUCGUCUUCUUCGAAGUCUUCCAAAUAUGAUUACGAUGACAAUCGGAAAAACGAAAAGUUAUGGGCACGAACAGACCUCCUAGUCCGAUUCAUUGAUGAGGACUUCAAGAGAGGAUCACUGUUCAAGCAGAAAGUUCGGAUAGUUGAUGUAGCAGGGAAGGAUGAGAUCACAAUUGAGGAUGACCGAGGCAACACCUAUUACAAUGUCCGUCAAUCAUAUCUGGAAACAGUGAUUCCUAGAGAUAUUGGAGAAAAAUUGAUGAUUGUCGCUGGAAAACGCAGUGGAAAACUGGCUGUGAUGCUGGAUAAGGACAAGUAUAAAGAGAAGGUGACGGUUCGUUUGCUGACCACGAACGAAGUGGUCACUUCAUAUUUUGAGGAUGUGUGUGCGGUGAAGAUACGACACGAAGAAGAUUACGAGUGA